CAAUAGAAUAAGCAAGUGGAUAGAAAUAGAUUAGUGGAAAGACACAAAGAGCCAAACCUUCAAUUCACUUCACAGAUCGCUCGGCGACAAAGACGACGAAUCCGAGGAAUCCAGCAAGUGUCCAGAGACGCAGACUAACUCCUUCUCAGAUUCAGAAAACCACAGGCUUGAGAGAGUGUCGGUGACGGAAGUAAGGAGGAGAUUCGAAUUUGUGCGAGAACAGAGCGGCAAUGGAGUCCACCGAGUCGUAUCCCCCUGAAGAGCUCACCAACAGAUCCCCUGAACCUUCCGAAGAUGACUCUGCUGAGAAGCCAACGCACAUUCGGUUUCUUGUAUCCAAUGCGGCGGCUGGUUCUGUCAUUGGGAAAGGAGGCUCCACCAUCACUGAGUUUCAGGCUAAGUCCGGUGCUCGGAUCCAGCUCUCGCGUAACCAAGAGUUUUUCCCUGGGACGACCGAUAGAAUUAUUAUGAUAUCGGGAUCCAUUAAAGAAGUUGUCAAUGGUCUUGAACUUAUCCUUGAUAAAUUGCACAGCGAGCUUCAUGCUGAAGAGGGUAGUGAUGUUGAGCCUAGGAGAAGACUAAGACUUGUGGUUCCUAACAGUUCUUGUGGAGGCAUUAUUGGAAAAGGAGGGGCCACCAUCAAGUCAUUCAUUGAGGAAUCUAAAGCUGGUAUUAAGAUAUCCCCUCUGGAUAAUACCUUCUAUGGGUUGAGUGAUAGGCUAGUGACAUUGUCUGGAACCUUCGAGGAGCAGAUGCGGGCUGUUGAUUUGAUUUUGGCUAAGCUUACCGAGGACGAUCAUUACUCCCAGAAUGUACAUUCCCCAUAUUCGUAUGCAGGUCUUUCCUACUCUGGUUUUCAUGGUCAUCCAUAUGCGUAUGUGCUUCCUUCUGUUGCAACAGCGGGAUACAAUUCGGCUAACUACGCACACAACGGUUCUGGAGGGAGGUAUCAAAACCACCAAAAGGAAGAGGCUGGUAGCACGGUGACAAUUGGUGUGUCGGAUGAGCAUAUAGGCUUGGUCCUUGGUCGUGGAGGAAGAAACAUCAUGGAAAUCACUCAGAUGACCGGUGCUCGUAUUAAAAUAUCAGACCGAGGAGAUUUCAUGUCUGGAACCACUGAUAGGAAAGUGACUAUCACAGGAUCACAGAGAGCAAUUCAGCAAGCUGAGACGAUGAUAAAACAGAAAGUUGAUUCAGCCUCUGAGAGAGAGACCGAAUAAAGAAGUGUCCAUCUAGGUUCCUUAUUGUUGGUCAUUUGUUGAGGCUUAAGCUUUCAGAUGGGGAUCACAAAUGAGGCAGAGAGUUGUCUCUAGGAGCUUUGUUGUCUUCUUGUUUCAUGUCUUGACAUAAUACAAUGUGUUUUUUUUUUCUCUUGGGAGAGAAGCAGGUUUGGAUUUAGAAGUAUUAUUUUCACUUUGUUUUUUUUUAAUAACUUUAUUUCAGUUUUGCUGCCCUUGAGUUCUUUCUGUUUGUAACAAUUUUACAAUAACACAACCAUUACAUUGCA